CCCCCCCCCCAAAAGGGAAAUGUGGUUGUAUAAAUAGCAUGCCCGAUUCCCGGGAGAAUAAAGGUACAAUUUCCCUACAGCAGGUGAAAGUAAAGCUUCCCGUCUGGCACGCACAUGAAGCUCGCACUGCUCGUGCUAGUGCUGGUCGGCACGGUAGCCGUCCCGGCACGCUGCCAGGUAAGGACGGACAGCGGAACGACCGUGCAUCUCCCACGACAGGACGUACUUGUUCACGCCGGUUGGUGGGAAUCGGCCGUCCUGUAUCAGCUGUUGCCCCGCUCGUUUCACGACAGCGACGGCGAUGGAAGUGGCGAUCUGCGUGGGCUGCUGGCACGGUUCGAUCAUCUGAUCGAGCUGGGCGUGACGGGCAUUUGCCUGGGACCGGUGUUUCGCUCACCGAUGCGUGACGGUGGGUACGACGUUUCGGACUACCGUGACAUUGAUCCGCUGUACGGUUCGAUGGGCGUGCUGGAGGAGCUGCUGGAGCGGGCUCAUGCCGCCGGCCUGAAGGUGGUGCUCGACUUUAUCCCCAAUCAUACGAGCGAACAGCACGAGUGGUUCCAGAAGAGUGUGCGGAAGAGCGAACCUUAUCGGGAUUAUUAUAUCCUGCGCGGUGGCGUUGACGAGGAGAAGGAACAGGACGAUGGUAAGGAAGACGGCGUGCCAAACAAUUGGCAAUCACUGUACCAUCGGGCGGCUUGGAGCAGGAAUGUGCGCGGUUCCGAGUACUAUCUGCAUCAGUUCGACACGACCGAGCCGGAUCUGAACUACCGCAACGCGAAGGUGCGGCAAGAGAUGGAAGAUGUUAUGCGGUUCUGGCUGGAUCGGGGUGUCGAUGGGCUGCGGCUGAUGCAGGUCAACCAUCUGUACGAGGAUGCGCAGCUCCGCGAUGAACCAUUAAUAGAUCAGAAAGGUUCACUCAGCUACGAAAACAUGAAUCACCUACACACAAGAGAUUUGCUCGACAACUACAUCCUUACGUUCGAUUGGCGCACACUGUUCGAUGAGUACACGCGGGCGGAGGCGGAGAGUGGCAAAGACCACACCAAGCUUAUGAUAACGUCCGCCUAUACCGGUAGCCUCGACGGUACGCUCAAGUGGUUCGGCAUCGGGGACCGGUCCGGUGCACACAUCGCUCAAAACUUUGGUCUGCUGCGGGAAAUUACGCCCAACUCGCGGGCGGAACAGUACCAGCGGGUAAUCGACGGGUGGCUGAACGGGUUGCCCCCGAACGGUGUCGCUAACUGGGUGCUGGGCAAUCAGGACUAUCGUCGCGUUGCGUCGCGCUUUGGCCGGGAGCGGGCAGCCGGACUGGCGAUGCUUUGCUUCACCCUGCCGGGGACGAUUUUCGUGUACUAUGGGGAAGAGAUCGGCAUGGAAGACAAUGAAGCCAUCAGCUGGAAGCAGACGCAAGAUCCGUUCGGCCUCAACACGAACGGCACGGUGUAUCAGCAGUAUUCCCGUGACCCGGCCAGAACACCGUUCCAGUGGGAUGGCAGCAACGAGUGGGCAGGAUUUUCUAAGACACCAAAGAAAACGGAUCCAUGGCUGCCGGUGCACGGUAACUAUGGUGUGCGAAAUUUGGCCCAGGAAAAGUCAUCCAACCGGUCAAUGUACCAACUGUACCGGCAGCUAAUAGCAUGGCAUCAACAAUCCGUCACACUGCGCUACGGUUCGUACCAGUCGUUCGUCCUGCCGGACAAUGUGUUUGCGGUGCUGCGUUCGCUGCUCGGGGAGAAGGAGUAUGUGACGGUGCUGAACCUGAACUCGCACGCUGUGACGUUCAAUGUUAGCCGGGUGCACAAGCACGCGAGACGAGCGAGCGUAGCGUUUACGUCGCUCGAGGGAGCGCACACAGUAGGCGAAUCUUUGCAAGACAUCGGCAACGUGGCGCUUGAUGGUUAUGAAACAGUAAUUUUGGAGCUUUCGUGUGGUAUGGCUUGGAGACGAGCAUUGAAAAGCUUAAUGGUGGCAGCUAUUGCUGGGUUGGUAUGCUUGAAUUGGGUGCGAUUGAAGUGAAGUAAGUAAGAUUAAAUUCACCACAAAAAUAGACAAAGAACUUGCCAAAUUCAUCACACGCUACAAAUGACGCUAGCAAUGCCGUACGAAUCACAUGCAACUGAUCUAAUCAAUACAGAAAGAGAGAGAGAGAGCGAGAA